CUCGCGUACACAUAUUUCGAAUAUUCUUCCGAUAAAUUGUAGGAGUGACGCAAGCAGGAGUGAGUGAAUGAAAAUAUAGAAGAAGGAAUUCACAGAGCAGGCGCCACUCCCCCGCAACAAGAAGCUCAGAUAUAUAGAGAACACCCCGAAAAAUCGCUUACUCUGGUUUUCGACUCAGAAGCAACGAGUCGCCUUUGCCUAAGCUCUCUGAUCCUUGUCACCUGUUGAAAGUUGCAGCAUAUUUCGAAUCCCCCCAGUGAAGCUUUUCUUUGAGUCUGUCCCUCUUCCAGCAUCCCAAGGAUGUUCUCUCCUUCCGUCGCUUUCCUUCUGCUGAUGGGAGUCGUCCACUCUUCCAUCUCCAACUAUCCGCAGUUCAAUGCAAUCAAGCAACUGUCGGACAUGGAAAACAAUCUGGAUCCUCUGAAAACCUCGGCGAACAGGAUGGCACUGCAAAGUAAUCGGGUCGUCGGAUGCGACAUGGAAGAAAUUGUCGACAGCGUGGGCUUGAAUGACCUACAAGACCUCAUCGAAGCAGUCGCACUGAGAAAAGGAACAAAUCCAUUUGCGAUUUUGAAGACGCUGUAUAAAAGGAUGAAGAACAGAGAGGAAAUUGAAGAGAACAUGCUGAAUUCCAUCGAUGCUAUUCCUCUUCCUGAACUGCUUAGUCCCUCUAUCAUGGAUGUACCUCCACAGCCACGAUUUCCGCCUGCUCCUAGCAAUACUCCUUACUCCUUGCCUUCGAAUGAUCCCCUCAGCGGCAGUGAAGAGGAAGACGCUAAUGUUGUUAUAAUCCCUGUAGCGCCUGCUGAUCCUAUUCAAAACAGUUUCCCCAAUAUGUUUCCUCCCAUGAUGAAACCAGACUUAAAAGUGAGAAAUGAAGCACCUUUUGUAUUCGGUAACGUAGUACCUACUGUACCAAAGGUGAACCAUGUCUUGCCAGCAGUGUUUCCCAUCUUUCCCAUCCCUAUGAAAAGCAACCACUUAAGACCACCGGUUGGAGCAACUAUUCGAGUGAAUUCUGGUGACGAUUUGAACCCAAUCAAUCGUGACAUCACUGUCACGGUGUCUCCCUUGAUGACCAUCAUAGAGGCUUUGAGGCAAGCUGAAAUCAAAUAUCAGAAUGUUCUUGGUCUUAAUCAUGACAUGGACGUCAUCACUUUUGCUCAUUCGUUAUCUAUUGAUUGCUAUACGGUGAAUCGAAUCAACGAUGUGGUUCAAAAUGAAGACUGGGGUUGGAAAAUCACUAUUAUGGACCGUGAUGGCCUGAUCGUGUACGACGGUUUUUGCUUACCGAAUGGAAAGGAUGUUUUAGUGAAACCAGGAACUCUCAUUUACUUGUCUUACGUUUCUCUGUAUUGAGUGCGUUCAUUUCCUUCAAAGGCUUCAAUUUUAUUCCAGUGCAUGUCGCCGAAUUCUUCAUAACCCCAUCUCAGUUUUUCAUGCUCACGAGACUGCUUCGAGACGUCGUACAAAAGUAUCAUCUGUUAUUGUUUUCAUUUUGAGAACGUGAUUCCUAUUUCUGUUUAGAAAAAUUAGUGUAAAUAUUAUUUAUGAAUUAUAACGUGAUUGAAAAAACUGUAUUUAGUUUCAAAUUGGUAAAAUA